UGCUGCUGCAGUUCUAACUUUACCCUUGUUUUUGAAACCCCAAAAGCCCUCCUUCUGUACUCGUCAAAAUCCAAUCGACCACCACCAUCCUCUCACCCUCGUCGCUGUCGUUGACGAUGGCAACGCCGAGAUCGGCGAUCAAGCGGCCGGAGCCUGAACCUCGUCCUCAUUCACGUCCUCCCUCGCGAGCCCCAUCUCGGCCUGCGAGUAGCCGUCGCCGAACACCCUCCUCGUCACAAUCGACGCCGACAAUGACAAAGCCGAGAUCGGCGAUCAACCGGCCUGAACCUCGUCUUCCUUGGCGUCCACCCUCGCAAUCCCCAUCUCGUCCUGUGAGUAGCCGUCGCCAACCACCCUCCUCGUCACCCUCGUCGCUGUCGAUGGUCAAGCGGCCGGAGCCUAAUCCUCAUCCUCGGCGUCCUCCCUCGCAAUCCCCAUCUUGGCCAGCGAGUAGCCGUCGCCGACCACCCUCAUCGUCACCCUCGUCGCUGUCAAUGGCAACGCCGAGAUCGGCGAUCAAGCGGUCAGAGCCUGAACCUCAUCCUCGGCGUGGAGUCCCACCUCGGCCUGGAAUUAGCCAUAGCAGACCACCCUCCUCCAAAAGUUUACCCGAGGAUAUCAUCAUCGAGUUGUUAUCGAGGCUACCGGUCAAGUCCUUGAUGCGAUUCAAAUGCGUCUGUAAAGGAUGGCGGUCUCUAAUUUCCGACUCAGGCUUCGCCAAGUGGCAUCUGCAAAGGCUAAAGGCAGGAGAUAUUAUUUCUAGCCAGAGAAUCCUCAAGACUUAUCCCAUCGAGACCCUGGACUACGAAGCGUUGGACGGCGGUCGGUCGAUGAUAAAGUUUCGUAAUCCAAGAAUUGACGAUCGUACAUGGGAUCCCAUCCUUGUGGGGUCCUGCGAUGGUUUGGUCUGUUUAGCUGUCAUCGGCGGAUUUAUCCUGUACAACCCGACCACCGAGCAGUUAAGGAAAAUCCCCAUUUCUGAUCUUUUUCAAGAAGGGGAGUUCUUUAAUGGAUUCGGAUACGACCCUGCAUCUGAUGACUAUAAAGUGGUAGUAGGUGAGGGUGACUAUAAAGUGGUAGAUGGUUCUAAAAUAUGUCAGGUGGAGAUAUUUUCGCUCAAGUCUGGUUCUUGGAGAAGGAUACAAGUCCAGCAAGAAAGCCGCCUCGCCCGUGAUCACCAAGGAGUUUAUUGGAAGGGGGCCUUACACUGGUGCGGGAUUGACGAGAGGAGAAACAAGAGAGAGACUGUGAUUAUGUCAUUUGAUUUGUCGGAAGAGAAAUUCUGCCAGGUGCUUCCGGUCCCUGAAUGGAAUGGGGACAUAACUUUUCAAGGACUUGAGAUUCACGGGGCCAAUCUGUUAAUGUACACUUCGAAUGCCAACUGGUUCAUGGCUUGGAUAACAGAUGAGCAUGGGAGAGGAGGACCAUGGACCAAAUUGUUCAGCUUUUCGACUAAAGGCAUACCCGGUGCUUAUUUGCGGAUCCCUAUCGCUUUUACAAGGAGUGGAAAAAUCAUUUUCCAAGUCGAUUUUUUUGGCACUAUUCUGUUCAAUCCAGAGGAUGGUACUUAUAAGGAUUCUCCCAUCGAGAGGGCCAAACUUGCUAUCUAUGUGGAAACUCUCGUUUCACCCUAUCUCGGCUGUGAGGCAUCAAGAAUCUAGAGCUUUCAAGAGUUGUUUUAGUGGAUUUGGUUUAACCGUUGUUGUUGGAGUUUCCUUUUUUGGGAGAUAUGGCUAUCUUGAGCUGAUCUUGUUGAAUUUGAAGAAGAAAAAAGAUAUCGUCUGAGAA